AUGUCCAACACCCUUAUACUCUACGGCGCCAUAAGCGCUGCACUGAUUGCUUUUGCUGUCUACAGAUUCACGACCCACCGUUCGCUGAAGUACAUCAGAGGUCCCCCUUCAUCGAGCUUUAUCUUUGGAAAUAGCGUCAUUUCUAGUCACCAGCAAGAAGUGGGCGACCUCGAGUUCCAGUAUGUGAAAGAGUAUGGAACGGUCUGGCGCCAGGCCGGUUGCUGGGGGAGGGAUAGCCUAGUCGUUGCAGAUCCAAAAGCGAUCCAACACAUCACGUAUAAGGCGGGAUACAACUACCCGAAGUCGCUGAUCUCGCGAUACAUCUCGAGGCAAGUCGCCGGAGACGGUAUCUUGAUCGCAGAUAGUCAGGAUCAUCCGCGACACCGCAAGAUCAUGAACCCGGCUUUCACAGCUGGUCAGCUGCGGACAUUUAUGCCUUUAUUCCGUCGACUCUCCACUAAGUUUACGCAGAAAUGGAAGGAUGUUCUGCGCUCUGCUACCACCGAAACGGAGCAGGUCCUGAACGUUCACGCCUGGCUGGCUAGAUUGACGCUGGACAUUAUCGGGGAAGCGGCGUUUGACUACCAAUGCGGCGCACUCGACGACGAGGAGAGUGAGGUGAUGGAUGCGUACAAGAACAUGUUUGCUGAUUCGCUGCUCUAUCCAACCAAGCCAACGAUCCUGUUCCGCUCCAUCUGGAAGUACAUCCCGGAGCACCUCCUCCGCCUCAUCAACUAUAUCCCCACGCGCGAGUACUCGCGGUUCCGUCGGUCGCUUACCACUAUCAAUUGGUUCGCAAAGCAGGUCAUUGACGAGAAGACAGAGGCGUGCCUUGCGGGCAAGGCGGAGAACAAGAAGGAUAUCAUGAGCAUUCUCGUGAAAGCGAAUGCGUCGGAAGAUUCGAGGACUCGGCUGAAGGAAUCUGAAAUGCCCGCCCAGAUGGCCACUUUCCUCCUUGCUGGGCACGAAACGACAUCGUCCACUCUCACCUGGCUACUCUGGGAACUCGCCAAGAACAUGGACUACCAGCGGAAAAUGCGAGAUGAGAUUACUGCCGUUCGCGCGCGAAUGACUGCCCGAGGAGACUCCGACUUCUCCAUCGUCGACCUGGACUCGAUGACAUACGUGCUCGCGGCUAUGAAGGAGACGCUCCGUUACCACCCGAUCGUUUAUUCACUUGUGCGCGAGGCAGCCCGCGACGAUGUGAUUCCACUCUCGAUGCCUAUCACGUCAGUGGAUGGAGAGGUAAUUUCUCACAUUCCCGUCAGUAAGGGCCAGGAAGUGGCGUUCUCCAUCGCGGUGUACAACCGGUUGCCUGAAGUGUGGGGCGCGGACGCAGACAAGUGGAACCCCGACCGCUUCUUGGAGAUAGACCAGUCCAAACAGACUACGGUGGGCGUGUGGUCGAACUUAAUGUCAUUCAGUGCCGGAGUCCGAGGGUGCAUCGGGUGGCGUUUCUCGAUUUUGGAGAUGCAAACCAUACUUGUCGAGCUACUCGAGAACUUUAAGUUCUCCAUUCCCUCCUACAAGCCAGACAUUCAACGCAUCCCCUCAGGGCUGAUGGCGCCGAUGGUCCGCGAUAAGAUGCACCUUGGGACGCAGAUGCCUUUGCGCGUGGUUGUUCUUCAUCCUGAGGAUGAGUAG